AUCUGUCCAUUUCCAGAUCCGACGCCGAUUAUUGAACAGGCGAUUGUGUGGAAAUCGCAAGCGGAAAAGACGAAUAUAGCCGUUGAGGAAGCAAAUCAUCUGCGAGCUCAAGUGGCCCAAGUCCAUUCCGAAUUGGCUGAUUUGAAGAACCAGGAUGUCACAAUCCGUCAACUUCGAGAUACUAUAAAGCAACUGGAAGAAGAAAAUACUAAAGAAGUGGAAAAAGCAAUUGACGUGAUCGAAAGGGAACUGCGGGACGAGUUCUCCAUACGCGAUCACGAGACGACAAUGCGCUCCGACAAACUCAAAGCUGAAAAUGCUGCUUUGGAAAAGAAAGUGAGGUUCAGUUCUUCUGAAUGA